AUGUUCAAUACAGGUUUCAUAUUGAGUUCUCCUCCUUCUCAAGUUUUGUCAGCUGCAAUCAAUCCAACAAGUCUAUGCCAGAAUGAAAUCGAAUGUCCAAAAAUAGCGCAUCAUUCUUGUCAUCAUUGCCCCAAAAGUUUAUGUCUUGAACAUCUUAAUGAACAUAAUACACGAAAUAUUAUGCGAGCAGAAGUAUUAUCUCAAGAAUUGACUGAUUUAUUGGAGAUUGUCUCAAAUCUUACUACUGAAAAAGCAUCCGAAAAUACUCAUAAUAAACUUGAUGCUUGGAAAAACCAAAUGUUUGACAGCAUUGAAAACAUGUACAAAUCACGUUUAGAUGAAAUUAAUUGUUUAGAAACAGAGUUAAAUCAACGUGGAGAUAUUCUUAAACAAUAUCUACAAUCAAAACUAUCGAGCAUAGGGACACAAUUGUUACAAAUACAAACUAUUGGUGAAAUAUCUAAAAAAGAAUUGUCAUCAAUAGAAUAUGAUUUUAAUCAACUUACUCAAUUCUUUGAAUCAAUUCAAUGUGAACUACAUAUAGAUACAAAAAACAUUGUUCUAAAAGAUUUAAUUAAUGUAUAUAAUCUAUUUUCCUGUAAAUCCAUAUCACCACACAGAACUCCAAUAAAAUUUUAUCGAACUAUAUCAGUUCAAAGUAUGAAAAAAUUUGCAUCAAGCAAAGAGAAUGAAUCUAUCCUAUGGCUCGAUAAUGAAAGAAAACUUCAUUAUAUUGACAGACGUUUUCAAACUCGUAUAUUAGCAGCACCACAGACACUAAUAACAUCUUCUAUUGUGUUAUCUGACCAUCACAAAAGAAUAAAUAAUGAUGAUAUCGUAGAUAUCAAAUGGUGUUCAUUUCCAGAAUUAUUUUUGGUUCUUCUUCCCCGAUCUUUAUUUUCAUUUGAUCAAAAGACAAAUCAAUUUCAAGAAAUUUCAGUUGCACGACACAAAAAUUACCCUUUUCGAUGCAUAUCUUGUUUCAAUAAUACAUUAAUUUAUAUUUCAUAUUGUACACUUGGUACUUACAUUGAGCAAUGGAAAUAUUCAUAUGGUCAUGAAAAUGAUAUUUAUAUGAAUGAAUGUAUUAAACGUUGGGAUUGUUUAACGGAUGAUAAAAAUGAAUGGAUAUCGCAUAUGAAUACAAAUUCGAAUUCAACAAUAGGCUUACUAAUUUGUAGAGGAUCAUCGAUUUAUAGACGUUUUGAAUUACGUAAUGAAAAUUUAUAUUUAUUAAAAAUAGUUCAAUUAGAAAAUGAUUAUGUUGAUGCAUUUUUUCCAUUUCAACAUAAUUAUUGGUUUAUUAAAAGUUCAUCAGGAAAAUAUUAUGUAUAUUCAGUUGAAAAAAACACAUCUUAUGUGUCAGCAUUCAAUUUUCCUUUUGGAGUACAAGAAUUUGGAAUUAAUUCAAUAGUAAUUGGUACUGAACAAGAAAAAUUAAUAUUAUCUGAUAUUUGA